UACACAGCCAAUCUACUCAGUGUUAUCGUGUUGAACAACCGCCAAAAAGUCUCUUUACCUUUCAUAAAAAUGAAAAUUGAAUCCUCCCUCCUCACGGCUCUACUCACUGGUAGCCUUGUGAGCGCCAAGUACACAGUUGAGAUUCCCAAAGAUGCUAUCUGGGUCACAAACUGGGACCAAUUGCAUGAAAUGGCUGCCAAAUACCCGGACACAGCACUGGUUGAGAAGUAUGGAGGCAAUGUCAUUGAAGUCGAUGGAAAGAUCGUCCUUGCGACAGAUCAGGAAAUGAACAAACAGAUUGACGACUUGAUUGAGCAGUUGGAAAAGAAUAAUCCAGAGGGCGAAACAGAGCCAAAGACUCCAAACAGGCGAGAUCUUCCUGGACACAACCGCCCAUGCAGUCACCCUGGCUGCUUUUAUUCUUCUACUUGUUUGACCUAUACCAACUGCCAUGUCUGUAGGCGCCCAACCAGUAGACGAGGGUUCUGUAUCUAA